AUGGGUAUCCGAGGGUUGUGGACAUACAUUCAAAGUAACAGUGAAAACUUUGCCCCUUAUGAGUUGCAUAACCAGCCUUUGAUUAUUGAUGCCGAAAACUUUGCUUCUCUUUGUUAUCGUCAAGCUGCUUUACGAUGUGAAUAUGGUGGGGAGUAUUUGGCAUUCAAAUGUUAUGUCCACUCAUUUCUGAGACAAUUUCGUAUCUGUCGUGUGGAUCCAGUAUUCGUUUUCGAUGGUUGUCAUCCUAAAGAGGGAUCGAAAUUGGAUACUUUGUUGAAGCGAAACAUUAAUAGGUGUAAAAAUCUCUCAUCAGCUCUACUGAAUGUUAACUCAGUUUCUAAUCCAGGUAGAUCAAAUUUGAAGAUCAAUAUAAUUCCACCGCUUUGUGGGCAUGUCCUUGUGGAAAUUCUGCGGGAAUCUUCAGUUCGAUAUAUAGCAUGCGAACGUGAAGCUGAUAUUAAUGUAGCAGAACUAGGUAUUUAUCUUCAAUGUCCUGUUACUAGUGGGGAUUCUGAUUUUUAUAUUUAUAGACCAAUCGAUAAUAAUCAAGUUUAUAAAUUUAUCCCAUUUUCAUCUCUUGUACUUGAUUCUAGACAGAAAUUCCCCCCUUGUUCUGUUUGUAAGCUCAAUGGUACUCAAUGUUAUUUUAUACCAUGUACAGUUCUUAGUGAUUCAGGACCGUUUUACAAACUCAAGUAUCCUAUGCUACCACUUUUCGCCAUUCUCGUUGGUAAUGACAUGACAUCAAACAUUCGUCUUCCAACUACCAUCGAUUCUCUAAUCCGUACUUCUGACCUGCAGAACACGUCCUACUAUCAAAGACGUAUCCAUGCCAUAUUUAACUGGCUCUUAUCUUUCCGUGACAUUAAACAACCUGUGUCAUUAAUUCUAUCGCUUUACAGCCAAAACGAAAGGGAUGGCAUUGAGGAGACAAUGCUUCUGGGGAUUUCGGGUUAUUUUUUGAAUACUUCAGGCAAGGACCUGGCUCAGAUAUUAGGCUUCCCAACUAAAAACAAUGUUUCAUUAAGCGUCCCACCGUCAAGCGAACUGGGGAACCCGGAUAUUCAAAAUUACACAAAUUCAUGGCGUUCUUACUUCGGUUCUUUUAAAUUUUCGAAACCUGUAUUGGAGCGAAAUACAGAUCAAGAUAGUAUAUUUCAUAAUUGGCCGAAAGAAUUGGUUAGGCGAUUUCGAUUUUUGGAAUUAGUCCCAGGUAUAUUGGAUCGUAUGUAUGUACGAAAUGGUGUUGUUACUCGCAUAGUAGUGGAGGAUAUACAGAGUUCUAAUUCAAUUGACGAAUGUAUGUCUAAAAUGGACAGUGUUUUAGAUGGACUUAUAUAUGGCCUUGAACACCACCUACGCACCACCAUAAAAUUAUGUGGAGUGGAGAAUGAUAGUGUUACUGUGUACAGAAUAAGUUCAAAUGGUCAGUUGACAAAGACUUUGGUCUCUGUGAAACCUAUAAAACCCGUUUGUGCUGAAACACCUGAAUCAUCUUUCUUAUCAUUUUUCUCACAGUUUUUUAAUGUGAAUUUGGAAAGAGAUUUUAAGCCUGUUGAAAUACAGGGUUUAGGUGUUUUAUUAGUUCUGUGGUUCAGAUUUUCUUCUCAUGCUCAAAACGUAGCUAGAAACAUUCAAACAUCACCAGUUGGACUUGCGUUAUCAUGUUGUGCAGUCGCUGUCAACUCAAACUGUGAAUUUAGUAGAAAUCGUACUGUUGCAGAUUUUGUGAGCUCUGUUUGUACUCAUCUCAAUAAGUGUGCUAAUUUAGCAAAAUCAAUUUAUUGCCAAAAGCAUUCACCUUCUUUUUGUAUCGAGGAUGUUCACCAACUUAAUGAAUUGCAAAGUAUGGCUGCUAGAUUAAAUCAUUUAGUUGCACUUGUUGAAGUACUUUGUCCGUUUUAUGCAUCAAAUAUAGAAGAAGUUGAUCCUUCGCGCUUAAGAAAUCCUUUCAUAGGCUUUUUUCCACUUUGGACGUUAUUUGCCAGUGGACAUCUUUCAUAUUGGAUUAGUCGGAUUCUACAAAGUGUUGAUCCAUCGGAGCGUUUCCAUAUGAUCGUAAACGAUUGGCUUCCGAAAUUGCUUAUAGAAACGGAUUCUUUUAGAGAACGACAGAACUGCGCUAAAAAUGAUUUUACUAAACUUUUCAACCUAAUUAAUAAGUUGAGUUGA